UAGGACCCUACCCUUCUCUCAGAGGGCAAUUCACCCACCUCUUCUUCCUACCCUUUUGUUCUCUAUUCAAUUGUAUAUAUAGUACUCCUACAGCUUAACUUAUUAGUUUGGGGUAAGUAUGCAUUCAAUGACCAUAACAGCUGCAGCAGCUUUGGUGGUUGGGGUCCUCUGCUUGGCCGUCUUGAGGGCUGGUGGAAUUCAAAGCACCACAGAAGGGCCCUUCAAGCCAGUGACUGUGCCCUUGGAUCAGACGUAUAGGGGGCAUGCCAUUGAUUUGCCGGACAGUGACCCCAGAGUUCAGAGGACUGCAACAGGAUGUUGGGAGCCUGAGCAGAUCUCUGUUUCCCUCUCUUUCAAUUAUCAUUCAGUUUGGAUUUCUUGGGUCACAGGAGAAUACCAAAUUGGUGAUAACAUCACACCAUAUGAUCCAAGUAGUGUGGCCAGUGUAGUUCAAUAUGGAAAAGUAAACUCCACAUUGGAUCUCACCGCAACAGGUCAAUCCCUCAUUUACAGCCAACUCUAUCCUUUUAUUGGCCUUAGGAACUAUACCUCUGGAAUUAUACACCAUGUCCAACUCACAGAAUUGGAACCAGACACGGUGUACUAUUAUCAGUGUGGGGAUCCUUUAAUGGCGAUGAGUGAGGUCUAUUAUUUCAAGACCAUGCCAAUUUCUAGUCCCGAUAGAUAUCCGAAUAAGGUUGCCAUUGUGGGAGACCUCGGGCUAACUUACAAUACCACUUCAACCAUCAACCAUUUAAUGAGAAACAAUGCUGAUCUUGUCAUAUUGGUUGGAGAUGUGAGUUAUGCUAACUUGUAUCUCACAAAUGGAACUGGAUCAGAUUGCUACACUUGCUCUUUUCCAGAUACUCCCAUACAUGAGACGUACCAGCCACGUUGGGAUUAUUGGGGAAGAUAUAUGCAACCAUUGUUGUCCAAAGUUCCAAUCAUGGUAGUGGAAGGAAAUCACGAUAUCGAACCACAGAUCGAGAACAAAACAUUUGCAGCUUAUAGUUCUCGAUUUGCCUUCCCUUCCAAUGAAAGUGGGUCUUCUUCCCCAUUGUACUAUUCUUUCAAUGCUGGAGGCAUACAUUUUGUAAUGUUGGGUGGUUAUGUUGCUUAUAGUAAAACAGAUGACCAAUACAGGUGGUUGGAGAGAGAUCUGGCUAAUGUUGACAGAAAGGUUACACCUUGGCUUGUUGCCACAUGGCAUCCACCUUGGUACUCUUCUUACACUGCACAUUAUAGAGAAGCUGAAUGCAUGAGGGUAGCAAUGGAAGAAUUGUUGUACAAAGCUGGAGUUGAUUUAGUCUUUAAUGGACAUGUUCAUGCAUAUGAAAGGUCAAACAGAGUGUUCAACUACAGCUUAGAUUCAUGUGGACCUGUUUACAUAACCAUUGGGGAUGGCGGAAAUAGAGAAAAAAUGGCGAUUUCACACGCAGACGAACCUGGUAACUGUCCCAACCCAAGAAGCACUCCAGAUGCAUUUAUGGGCGGCUUUUGUGCCUAUAACUUCACUUCUGGUCCAGCGGCGGGCAAGUUCUGUUGGGACCAACAGCCAGAGUUUAGUGCCUAUAGGGACAGCAGCUUUGGUCAUGGAAUCUUAGAGGUAAAGAAUGAGACACACAGUCUAUGGACAUGGCAUCGAAAUCAAGACAUGUAUAAUGAAAGUGGGGGAGAUCAAAUUUACAUCGUAAGACAACCAGAGAUAUGUCUAGCUAAAUAAAAGAUUCACAUAUGAUUGCGGUUGCAUUUACGAAAUUUGUUAGGCGGCACCAGAUACAAGUUCAAUGGGGUGUCAGAGCUUGGAGAAGAAGUGGGAUUGAGAGAGUUCACACGUAGGCAAUAACACAUGAUAACCUCUCUUAUAAUCAAUGAUUAACAUGUACGAUGUGUCAUUCAUGUAAUUCUUCUUACCUUAAAUAUUUCUAUAAUUAUAAAUAGAAAUAAUUACAUAAAUAUGACCAAAAUAAAGAUGGUUUACAAAAUAUGAUUCAUUACUAGUAGAGUAAUGAAAUCAUAGUAAUUCAUGUUCAAGUUUUGAACUUUAGUUACCACAGCACUACGUUGUAGUAAUGAAUAGUCAUAUUUAUGUAAAUAAGUUUUAUUUUAGUAAUAUUCUCGUAAAAAACCCUUAUAAAUAAGCACCUUACUAAUUUAACUAUUAAUUCCG